AUGGCUGACGGGAACUGCACCCAGGCUACCCAGUUCACCUUCCUGGGACUCACAGAGCACCCACAGCUGAAGCUCAUCCUCUUCACCCUCUUCCUGGGCACCUAUGUGCUGACAUUGGUGGGAAACCUCGGCCUGAUCACCCUGAUCAGGGUCAGCCCCCAGCUUCACACCCCCAUGUACUUCUUCCUCAGUAGCUUGUCCUUCUUAGACAUUUGCUACUCCUCCACCAUCAGCCCCAAAAUGCUGCUGGACCUUCCAACAAAAACCAAGGCCAUUUCUUUUGCUGGCUGCCUCACACAGCUUUAUUUGUAUGCUUGUUUUGCCACAGCUGAGAUUUACCUGCUGGCUGCCAUGGCCUAUGACCGGUAUGUGGCCAUCUCCAAGCCCCUGCUCUACAAGGUGAUCAUGUCUCCUGGUGUCUGCACGAGCCUGGUGGCUGGGUCCUACCUGGCAGGGUUGCUGAAUGCCACGGUGCACGCCACAGCCCUGCUCUGGUUGUCCUUCUGUGGCCCCUCCACCAUUAACAACUUCUACUGUGAUGGGCCACCGCUGCUUGCUGUGGCCUCCAGCGACACGCGCCUCAGCGAGGGUUUGAUGUUUGUGUUGGUGGGAUUCAACAUGAUGACCACCAACCUGCUCAUCCUCACCUCCUACGCCUGCAUCGUGGUGGCCGUGGGCAGGAUGGGCUCUGCUGCAGGCAGGCACAAAGCCUGGUCCACCUGCACCUCCCACCUGGCAGCCAUUGUCAUCUUCUAUGUCUCUGCCCUUUUUAAUUACAUGCAACCCUCUUCAGCAAGCUCCCAGGAGAGCAAGAAGAUUGCCUCCAUCUUCUACACCAUCAUAGUCCCCAUGCUGAACCCCAUCAUCUACAGCCUGAGGAACACAGAGGUGAAGCAGGCCCUCAGAAGCUGCGUUAGGAGGAAAGUGAACUUCUGA